CUUUAUUACACUUGCCAAAUGAAAGAGAAAGAAAACAACACAUCAUAGAAAAGAGUUAGGUCUAUUAAUUUUUCUUCUUUCUUAUUUCCUUCUUGAGUUUUAGAGUUAAAAAAUGGCAGGUAUGCUUGCUGGUGUUGAAUGUGCUAGAAGAAGAAAGUUUCAUAAAAACAGUGGCUUGUUAGAUUCAUCAUCUAAUACAUCUGGUUUUUCAUCUACAAGGAAAUCUUUUCUUUGUCUCUACACAAGUAGCCAUGAACAUAUUCUUAGCUCAAACUUUUCUAAGGAAAGAAGUGCAACAAGCCAAGAAAACCAAGAUGAGAAACUAGGAGAAGUUGCUAGAGAAGCCAAACAAAGGCUAGAUGAGAGGCUCGGUGCCCAAUGGAAAUCAGAAGAUAAGAGGGGUGUGAAGGGAUUGAAAAGGCUAGGACAAUGGAAGGGCAUGAUUUGCUGACAGACAAAUGUUUGGAUCAAAGAAGUUGCAGCUGAGGAAAAAUGUUUUUAAAGGUUCAUAUGGAAAAUGAAUGUGUCAUUUGCUAGGAUCAUUUCACAAUGGCAACUUUGAUUACUAGAGUGUAUAUAUUUUCCCCUUUAGGGGUGCCCAAGAUUUCUAAAUUAUAAAAGUCUAAGCUUUCUUGUACUACAACAACAACAAAAAGCUUAGUGUAAUUCUUGGGGUCUGAGAAGGAUAGUGUAUUACACAGAUCUUACGCUUUCUUGUAAUCAAGCAAAUUGACUAGCUUGUGAGUUUUUGAGAAAUGCUUUCUCGUAAUAUAAUCAAGCUGAUUGACUAGCUA